AUGCCCUGUGCUGCCUGCAGGCUGAUGUUCUUUGAGCAGGCGCGGGAGCAGGCGGAGCGCGAGUUCAAGACAAACAACAAGGAUGCGAUGGCCCUGACCAAGUGGGGGGGCGCGCUGCUGGAGCUGGCCCACUUCCGGCAGGGCGGGGAGGCGUACGAGAUGAUUGAGGAGGCGAUCGCCAAGUUUGAGCAGGCUCUGGGGAUUGACGAGAAGCGCCACGACGCGCUGUGGUGCCUGGGCAACGCCUACACGUCCCAGGGCUUUCUGUCGGCAGAGUCGGCCUCGGCCCGCCAGUACUUUGAGCGGGCGGGGGAGUGCUUCCGCAAGGCGGUGGAUCUGGAGCCGGGCAACGAGUCGUACCGCCGAGCGCUGGACAUGUCUUCCAAGGCGCCGCAGCUGUACCAGGAGCUGCAGCGGCAG